AUGCAAAAAUGAGGUCUCCUACUACACCAAAGCUUUCUCUAUAUUCAUUUCCGAGUAAGGGGAAAGAACCGUUAGGAAUGAUAACACCGCCGAUCCAUGUCUCAGUUUCGAUUCCAUUCCAGUGGGAGGAAGCACCGGGCAAGCCAAGGCGGCCAUAUCGAAGUAGCGAUAACGAAACCGAUACAAGCAGUCGAUCAAAACCGAACGCCGCGAGAUGCUUGGAACUGCCUCCGAGGCUGUUAGCCGAGUCCAAAAUUGCUAACAUGCCAUCUCCAACAACUUUCCUGGACGGGCCUGAUGAGUGUUGGUUUGUGUCCAACUCCUUAUCGUUUCGAAAAAGUGGGUCUUUGAGGAGCCUGGACAACAAGAGGGUCAAUAAGGAGAUACCUAAGUCUGGAUCCACUAGGUGGGGGAGCUUUAAAAAAUCUGGACGAGUUGUUCAGGGAAGUUUUAGCUCUUCGACUCCGGUUGCCGACGGUGGAGAUACGGAGGUGAAGAUCACAAGGAUUAGCAAGAAUGCCGGUUCUCUGAAUCUAUCUAAAGCUAGAUCACAUGUAUUAGCAAGCAUUUAUGAAAGCUUUAAGCAAGUGGUCCCAUGGAGACGUAGGAAUGAGAAAAUGAAGUAAAAAGGCUUCCCACCGUCAGAUCUGGGAGAUCAUUUGUUUAACUUUAGAGCACUUUUAAGUAAUAUUAAGGAAUAAUUUAGAGCUUUUCACAUACUGUGAUGAUCUGAUAGUUCACUUGACAUAUACCAUUGAGAAGAAAUUUAAUCUCGACCAUCUGCUUGAUCAAGGCAAAUUAUCGCUAUGGUGUUCAU